UACCACUGCAAACCAAAAAGGACAACUCUUCCUAUCUGUGGAAAACAGUUCCUGGGCUUGUGAUCCCCGCCGAGCGCCCGGAGCGCAGCAUGCCCGCCCCGCUGCUCGCCCUCCUGCUUCUGCGCACCCUGCUGACUCGCCUGCUGCUGGUGGCUCGCCAGCGCCUCCUGCCGCUGCUCCGGCGCCUGGGGGCCCGCCUGACUUCCCGGCAGUCCCGCGAGGCGCUCCUCACCUGCCUCCUCUGCGUCCUCAACCUGCGCAAGAAGGUGGACGACGCCUGAGGCGAGCUCUGCAGGGAG